CCUCUUCAUAAACCGUUCUCAGAUUCUUUUCUCGUGGUGUUGUUAAUUAUUCACAGAAACAUUUAGUUUAAGAUCAGAAAAUAAUAACAAUGAUGAUGUCUUCAGUGAAGUUAACAGCGUCAUCACCUUUCUCUUCUGCUUUCAGAAGCAGAAAGAAUAAUAAGCUUCCUAAUCUUCAAACAAGGUCUCAACUUUCCACAUUACCCACCAUUCAAAUCGCAAAACAAAACUUGGGUCACUCUCCAUUCUUCACCCACAAGCCUCUCCACCUAUCAUCCAGCAUUGUGUGCCAGGCCUAUGAAGCUGACAGGUCAAGGCCAUUGGAGAUUGAGAUUCCGGAUGAAGAGGUUGCUAAGAAGCUCAAGAUGGGACUCUACUUUGCUUCAUGGUGGUCUCUUAAUGUGGUCUUCAACAUAUAUAACAAGAAGGUCCUCAACGUUUUUCCUUAUCCAUGGCUUACCUCAACUCUCUCCCUGGCUGCUGGCUCCCUCAUCAUGUUGAUUUCGUGGGCCACAAAGGUUGCUGAGCCCCCUAAAGUCAACUUGGACUUCUGGAAGGCCCUUCUUCCUGUUGCGGUGGCACACACAAUUGGGCAUGUAGCAGCAACUGUGAGCAUGUCAAAAGUUGCUGUUUCAUUCACUCACAUAAUCAAGAGUGGAGAGCCUGCAUUCAGUGUCUUGGUGUCAAGGUUCUUGCUCGGAGAAGCAUUCCCUUUGCCGGUUUACCUCUCAUUGCUGCCAAUCAUAGGUGGUUGCGCACUCUCUGCAGUAACGGAGCUCAAUUUCAAUAUGAUUGGGUUUAUGGGGGCCAUGAUAUCAAACAUGGCAUUUGUGUUUAGGAAUAUAUUCUCAAAGAAGGGGAUGAAGGGCAUGUCUGUUAGCGGAAUGAACUACUAUGCUUGCCUUUCAAUCUUGUCUCUAUUGAUCCUAACACCUUUCGCCAUUGCUGUUGAGGGCCCCAAGCUCUGGGCUGCUGGCUGGCAACAAGUUCUCUCUCAGAUUGGUCCCAACUUUAUAUGGUGGGUAGCAGCUCAAAGUGUGUUCUACCACUUAUAUAAUCAAGUGUCAUACAUGUCCCUUGAUCAAAUUUCACCCUUAACAUUCAGCAUUGGAAACACAAUGAAGAGAAUCUCUGUGAUUGUCUCUUCCAUCAUUAUCUUCCACACGCCAGUUCAGCCCAUCAAUGCACUUGGUGCUGCCAUUGCAAUUCUUGGCACCUUCCUCUAUUCACAGGCUAAACAGUGAGGUGCUUCUUUUGAGCAUGUUAAUGUGACAAGUGAAUAAUGAUGAAUGCCGGAGCUGAAAUUGUUCAUUAUUUAUGUGAAUUAAGAGAGUAAAUAUAGGAGUUCAAUUUGGUUAAUUUCUUUGAGGCUAUAGUUAAUUAAUAGUAGUUACUAGUUAGUAUUCGAAUUUUGAUUAGUUUGAUCUAGUUGACUAUGUAAAUAAGCUUUCCUUGUUUUCGUGCUAGUAAUAAUAAGGUUAAGGCCUUAAGGGUUUGAUUUUGCUUACGAAACAAUUAAGUAUUUAAGUGUCAACUCAAAUAAUAUCAAGUAAUCAUCUAUUAUUAA